CGUAGAUUGACCAAAGCCGGCAAUCCCUUUCUCUUCCCGCGCACACCUUAGCACACUUAGCCGAAAAGGCAGGCUCUUAGGGCCGAGGCCAUCAUAGCACCGGGACCAAUGACAGGAGAAGUGCGCGAGGGGAAAGUAAAGACAUCCCAGUGAAGAUCGGCAUGACAAUCGGCAUGACAAAAGGCGAACGCAUUACCUUUCAGGAGCACCGGACGGCUCGCCAGGAGGUUCAACGCGCCAAGAUUCUCUCGCAGCAACAUGUUCAUCCCGACCCGAUUCUCGAGCAACACGGCGAGGGAGAUGUGCGUAUGGGGGUCACGAUUGUGAUGCGCCCACCCCGCGAAAUGCGUAGAUGGAUUAUCGAGGUGCAGGGGCUGAUUAAAGAAGCCCUUGGUGAGACACGGGAUGCGCUCUGGUACGCGCCCGAGGACUUGCUUCACAUGACUGUCCUCGAGUGGCUUGUCGCCGCUCCGGACCAGCAGUAUACUGUUGAAACGAUCGUCGGGCAUCUCUCCAAGCCAGAGGCUCUGAAUUUUCUCACAGAGCUGCCGUCGGACCCGCCGAUUCGGCUGGAUAAGGCAACACUCUCCUACGACGAAUCUGCCCUGGCUCUUUCUUUCUUGCCUCUCAACUCUUCGCCAGAGGCCGCCUCGUAUCCCGUCUAUCGUCGUUCGCUCCGAAAUUAUGCAGAGGAGCUCGUGCGAGAGACCGGAGUGAUGGCCCCCAAAGGCCGCUAUGACUACCCCUCGGCACACAUCACAAUUGCACGCUUCAAGCAAGCGGUGCCGAGCGAGCAGAUUGAUGCCCUUGUUCACGGCAUCGACACCGUUGCCACUCGCUUGCAGGUCGCACAGACAGAUGCCUCGUGGACGUUUGACGGCCCGCUCCAUAUCAUGUCCGGUCGCAUCUGGUACGGAGGUGGAGAACGGCUCCGGCCUAGUCUAUGAACAGUUAGAUAUCCACUUUCAUUAGAGUUUCUAGAGUGCUUCCCGGGAACCCCACAGCAAUCAGAUUAAUCUCAGCAGUGGAGAAUCAUAUCAGUGGAG